CAACCGAAUUAUAACGGAAACUUCCGGGCAUCCGCGCACAACAACUUUAUCAUUUUCUGGCGAUUCCAUCUUCCGGAUAGCAGUGAAACUGUUCCGCCAAAGGGAAAUGUGUGGACUGUUGUCAUUCAGUUGGGCAUCCGGGACAAACUCCAAUUUAAUUUUAAAUCUCAAAACUAUCAACAACGGACAUUCAAAGUUGAAAUUGGCUAUUACCGUGUCUGCUGGUCUCAUCUAUUGAGCGAUGGGUUUUCCUUGUCUCCUUCCACGGCUUACAAGUCUCCUAAUUUGCUCAAAGGACAACAUCUCCGCAUCAUCUGGCCUCGCUGGGAGGGUAACCCCAAAGGACUAUCAGGGCCGGUCAAAGGCGGUGUUCUUAUCGAUUAUUUGGCAGCCCGGUUCAAUUUCACGUACGAACAUGUUAGAGUGACUGAAAACCGGCUGGAACCCACCCAAAAUGGAAGAGGACUUUUUAGCUACCUUUUUGAUAAUCAAAGUGACUUGAUCGUUUCAGCUAUCGUGCCGACAUCUUCUCGCUUGAAAAUUGUUGAUAUUACUCUGCCGUGGAGUUAUGGCUCAUACGUUUUCCUCCUUCCGAUUCCCGACGAGUCGGCCAACAUUUACGCUGUCGCCAAACCCUUUCAAUGGCCGGUGUGGUUGGGACUGAUCAUAUCAAUUAUUUGCGUCAUAACCAUUUUGAAUUUACUCCAACGAUAUCUGGAAUAUCGUUCUCAAUUCGAAACUGGACCAAAUCCUAAGAACCUCAGAAAAUUGCCAAUCGUCGGUGACAUCCACCGACCUCUUAAUCGUCGCCGUCGAAUUGUUGCGAUGGUCGGUUCCCUUUUCGUCCCUUCUGGCAUUAGCCUCCGAGAAUCGAGAGGACAAACAGGAAAUCAAUACCUUUACGUCUUUGGGAAUUUACUGUCACAAGGUGGUCCGUGCACGUCGAAUCGGUUGCCGUUUCGACUGGUGGCUGGCGUUUGGACUCUGGCCGCUUUCAUCUUCGUCCAGGCUUACACUUCGACAUUAUUCACCUACGUCGUGGCACCUGUCAAUCAUCCGCUAAUCGAUUCCAUGUAUGACAUUGCCGACAACCCUGAAAUUCAUUUGCUGGUCAAAAACGAGGGGACUCCGGAUCGAUACUUUACGGGAAAUAACUGGACUGGAUUUUAUGAGAAACUGCGAGACAGGAUCAACAACUUUCCCCAAUCCCGCUGCACCUUGGUGUCCGAGUGUAUCGAUUUGGUCAAACCGGGAUCGAAAAAUGUUUUCGCAGAUGCAGGGGUUUACCAAAUGGACGCCAUCAAAGAAGAUUACGAAAAAACUGGCCAGUGCAACUUUCAGUUGGCCAAAGAGGAUUUCAACCACUUUUUCGCUUCAAUGUCUCUGCCGAAAAACAGCCGUUACACCGACACCAUUAACAAAGGGCUGCUGGAUCUCCAGCAAACGGGAAUAAUCGACCACUGGGAUUCCUGGUUCCGCACCAUGCCCCGCAAAUGUAUGGCCAACAUCAAAUACGGAUACAACACGGAAACCAAACCGUCGCCCCUGACACUCAAGAAUUUGACGGGCGCCUUUAUCGUCCUCUUGAUCGGUUCCAGCCUCUCCCUUCUCGCUUUCCUGUGCGAAAAAAUCCUUUCGAUGCCCAAACGCCACCGCCGUCGAAUCAACAAACUCUAAAACGGUCAGUGAAUCCACCCCGAAAUGGUCGUCUUAUGUUUUCACCAGGAAUUAAUUAGAAACGUUUGUUAAAAUGGUACACAUUAGAAAUGAAUGUGAAAUGAAUCUAAAGGGCAAAAUUCAGCUCUCAUUGUUUCCAAAACGUGUGAAUGAGGUCAGUGAUUUCCCUCGACUUCUAUGUACUUGUGUGUAGAGCCCAUAAUGGAAUAAAAAAAAAAAUUUAGAUGCAACUAUGAGCGUGUCAGCAUGCUGCUGUUUCGUGACUGUAAUAAUAGCACGUCUCGUACUCUGGCAUGUUUUACCAAAAACAAGUUAGUGUGCGGGGAACCGGAUUGUGGUCUCGUAUUGUUGCAACAAGUGGAACGCGCGUGAUGCAUCUUUUACACGGAGAUAUAUAGAUUAGAAGCAAACCAAAAUGAAAACCAGUUACAAAUUAUUCAUCGUUGACGCGUUUCUGUAUUUUUGGAAAAAGAACUUGAGGACGUUUUAAUUUUCGGAUGAUACGAAGAUAUCAGUGUUGGUAGUAAUCAAGAAUCUGCUAAAAAUUGUUAAUGUUUCAUUACCCAACCGUUAAAAUAUGGGAAAGUAUAAAAAGGUUAUCGCUUUAAAUUAAAUGAGUAAUUGAACUUUCUAAAUCCUCUAUGAGAAUUGCACUCGUGAUUCAAUGGAUAUGCCGUGUCGACGAAAAAAAUUUAAUCAAAAGUCAUGCAAUUAUUAUUCUA